AUGAAAUGUUCUUUACAGAAUAAGUGUCGAAUAGCGUCAGUUGAUUGUAUGCUCAUACUUUCGUUGGUGUCAUUUGGUGGUUUAUGUUUUGCAAUCGUUUUCUUUGCCGUCGUUCAUUACGGUCUUCGACGAACCUCUGAAACCGAUCUGGGUGAUUUCAAACCCGCAGCAGGAACGUUAGACGAUACGGAUUUGGGCCCAAUCGAGACUUUAGGUUCGUGGAUUGAAUCGCAACUGGAAAUCAUGUGUGCACAUUAUGGACAGUUAUGUACUCGUCGUCCAUUGACGGUGUUUGCUUUUGGUUUAUUUGUGGCAAUGUUAUGUUCAACUGGGCUGUUCUUCGUACGUUUCACAACGGAUCCAGUUGAGCUGUGGUCAUGUCGAACGAGCCGUGCUCGCAUCGAAAAGAAUUUCUUUGAUUCCAAAUUCGGACCAUUUUAUCGAACCGAGCAAUUGAUCGUCUACCCUCGCGAUCAAACGUUCUUUUUGCACGAUAAUCAGUCGAAUCUAUUCGAUCAAGGAUAUUACGGACCUGCGUUCAGGAAAACAUUUCUUCAUAAUGUGUUCGAGUUGCAAAAUGCGGUGACAGCUUUGACAGCGCAACUCGACGAUGGCACUUCAAUUGGAAUUCGCGAUGUUUGCUUUAAACCAAUGGCACCUGACAAUAUGAAUUGCGCCAUUAUGAGUGUCCUUAACUACUUUCAGAAUGAAAGGCAUCUGUUGGAUGAAGUGAAUGAAGAUGAUUGGUCGGGUACUCAGUUCGAUUACCUGGAUCACAUUCUCGCUUGUGCACAGAAUCCGUACACAGUAUCGUCUCCUCUCGGCAUAUCGUGCAUCUCAGCAUUCGGUGCUCCGAUUCAACCAUAUGUCGUACUGGGCGAUUUCAACACAACAAAUCAAUAUGAUAGUGCACGUGGUGUAGUCAUAACAGUUCCAUUGAAUAAUCACAUAAAUCAUGAAGACAAUCAGCGUGCGAUUGCAUGGGAAGCGGAAUUUGUUCGUUAUCUGCGUAACAUCACUCAUCCCAACUAUACGAUUUCGUUUAUGGCUGAACGCUCAAUUCAGGAUGAAAUUGACCGUGAAAGUCAGUCAGACGCAUUCACCAUACUUAUCAGCUAUAUGUUUAUGUUUGGUUACGUUGCUUUUGCACUUGGCCAAUAUCAGGUGACUGGAAACAACCUAUGCACAUUGUUGAUUCACUCGAAAAUAAUGCUCGGCGUUGCUGGUGUUCUGAUAGUGGCACUAUCGGUAACGUCAUCGAUCGGUCUCUAUGCAUUUUACGGUAUUCCUGCAACGAUGAUCAUUCUCGAAGUGCAACCGUUCCUCGUUCUUGCCGUUGGUGUUGAUAAUAUAUUCAUCUUUGUUCAAGCUUAUCAGCGAUCCGAUUCAUCGAUAUCCGAACCGUUACAUAUGCGUAUGUCACGAAUAAGCGGUGAAGUGAUACCGUCAAUGUUACUCACUUCAUUAUCUGAAUGUUUAUGUUUCUUUCUUGGAGCACUUUCAUCAAUGCCUGCUGUCAAGGUAUUCUCAUUGUACGCUGCACUGGCGAUAUUUUUCAACUUUUUCCUGCAGAUAACCUGCUUUCUUUCAACUUUUAUUCUUGACGUUAGGCGGCAAGAGAGCGGUCGUCCAGAGAUAUGUUGUUGUAAGCAGUUCGCAACAGAACCGUCCAAUAACGAUGGUUAUAUGCUGCACUUGUUCAGUAAUUAUUAUGCUCCGUUUAUUCUGUCGAAAUAUGUUCGCGUUGCAGUCAUAUUGGCAUUUGUCGCAUGGUUAUGCAGCUCAUUGGCUGUUAUUGGUGGUAUUCAGCUUGGUUUCGACCAAAAGAUGGCUGUACCUGAGGUGAGUAAACUU